AUGAUAUUGGGCAACGCAAAAAAAAAGAUCAGACGAGAACAUUGGAUUCGAAAUCAAGGUUAUGAUGUGACCGUUUACGAUCGUAUCGCAAAUAAAGAAAAGAAAGUCGAUAUGGAACUUGGACAUUCUAUAUUGGAUAUCGUCCAUAUUAAGGAUCCUGGUGUAAUUCUUUUAGUUGCUGAGGACGAUGGUUAUUAUCCUUCAUUGAGACGAGCCCUGGAUCAUAAUUGGAAGAUUGAGGUCUGGUUCUGGUCAUCAGGGAUAUCCGGCGACCUGAAGACAAAAUCCUUUGUUUACCACCUGGAUAACUUUUAUCGACAUUUUUCAUAUGCGUAUGGACAGGACCCUGUAGGAAAAAAUUAUAUUAUUGAAAUAACUGAUGUUACAAAAUGGAAUGAUGAUGAAGUAAUGGAACGUUUUGAUUCAUUAGAGUUAUUUGGAUGGUGGUUCAGGAAAGAAAGACCGAUUAUAUACUUGUAUUUCGAUAACAAAAAAAAUUCGAGAAAGGCAAAGAAUUGGGUGGAAUCAAAUCAUCCGGAUGUAAGGGUUUGGGAAAUAGAGAAAGAACAA